AUGCCCCCACCCCCGACCCCGCCCCUUCACGAGCCCCCUCUUGCGGCCACGGCCCACCCUCCUCCUGCAUCUGUCGCGGCCCGUCCUCUUUCUGGAGCCAACGGCCUUGCAGGAGGAGAGGUGUUCUCCGCCGCCGCCGACGGCGGCCCCGCCCCAUCCCGCGGCCCCCUCCAACAGCCCGACCCCCCUCCGGGUUUUUCUUUCGAAGAAAUUAGGCUUUACGGAUUCGAUCAUCGGAACCUUGAAUCGCCUCUGAACGACGAGAUUAAGAUUUCUGGAGUCCCUAGCUCUAUAAUCUCCGGGAAUGUGGGAACAUGGAGGUCGGUUCUACUCGGGGAGGAGGGAAGGGUUGGGAGGCAGGACGUGGAAGGAAUAGUGGUGGUGUUCGCGUGGCUCUCGAGCGAGGCGAGGGAUCUGAAGCCGUAUAUAGAUAUCUACUGGUCCCUCGGGUGGAGCUGCCUCGUCUGCCAUGCAGAUUUCCUCACCCUAUUUUUUUCUGAUAAGGCCAGAUCACUAGCCUGUGGUGUUCUUGAUGAGCUUGUUAAGGAACUGGAGUAUAGGCCAUUGCCUAUUGUACUCGCAACUUUUUCUGGAGGUUCAAAAGGUUGCAUGUACAUGGUUCUUCAGUUGCUUGAGGGAGAAUGCGGUGGACAAGUUAGUCUGGAUGAUAUCAGCUUGUAAGAGGCUGCAUCUGCGGACAGAUAUAUUCAGAAGAUGAUGACCUUGCUCCCUACCAAAUCAUCUCUAGUUUUGCUCAGCAUAUGCAAGAGCUUGGUGGCAAUGUCAAGCUAAUGAAAUGGAACAACUCCUAUCAUAAUAUACCUUGGAAGAGGAGUUAACAGAGAAUAGUUGUGCAUUACUCGUAUCACCAAACUGAGUACAAGGAUGCUGUGUCUGAGAUGCUCGUUGGAGCAACUAUAACCUAUUCUCAGAGAAGGCAACUAAAUGGUGAAACACUGGGCACGGGAGGUGCAUGCAACAAGAUAUCAGAGUUUGCAGUCUUCAUGAAGCAACAGUGUGCUCAAGUGAGAGUGUUAGAAGGGUAGCUAUUGGUCCAAGUGACCAUUUCUUCUUGCCCAGCUCAAUGGAGUCUAGUGAAACUAAAGAUGCUGCGUCUUUGCUCAAGGAGCAGAUGGUGGAGUUGUUCCAUCUACCUAGUAUCAGUCCCAAAUCCAAUGGGAUUCUGGGCCAAGUCCUUGAAGAACAUCGAAAGGUUGGAGUAUUUAGACAGUGUUCUCCUUGAAUGGAAGGCAGAUGCAUGCUUCUUCUCAUAGGCAUGACCCUUUCAAUCCUCUCAAAUGCAUACGCCGCCCUAGAUUGUAAGGUGGAAACUCUGAUGAAUUUCAAUGUGAAUUUUGACUGCUACCAUUGUUCGGCCUUAGAUCCCUGGAUUUGCAGGAAGAGAAUGACAACUGUGCAGGAGCGAUGAGGCAUGUAAAUAUUCUGUUUAACCUUGUAGCUUUUUUCCCCCCUUGGCACAUAUUUUACGGUAGGCAUGAAUUGUUGAUAGUUAAUAACAGUGGGUAAUUAAUUUUAUAAAUGGGGCUACGUGGGAAGAGUUUGAAACUUCAUGCAUGACAGUUCUGGGCCUUAAAGAAAAGAUUUUUUGGUCGUUAGAACUUCAAGCCGCCAUGUGUAAGGGUUGUCCCGAAUGCCAAGCUUCCUGGGACCAACUUCUAGAAGUCUCAAGGAUCACAGAAUUUUCUCAUCUUUAUCUUGUAACCAUGAUUUUUAAGUCUUUGACCAAGAGAAUGCGUCAGCUCUUGGGCCAUAAUCUUGUAAUUAUUUCUCUCUAAAGGUAACAGUUGCCUGUUCUAUUGGCACCAACUUUCAUUGAUUCCUGAAAAAAAAAAAGUCUUCGCACUUGUAAUAA